UUAUGUCGUGUUAGACGUGUUAUGACGUGCCUCUAAAACGUUGAUAAAUGUUAUAAUAAUUAAUUAAUAGAUAAUAGGAGGUACCUAUUGGCUAUUACCCAUACAUAAUCGACGUAAUUCUGAAAAUAUUGUGCUUUUCAUUUUUAGUUGAAUAAUUUUCACACUAAUAGUAACCAUUAUUACUUUAUUUAAAUAGUUAUUUGUUCAAUUUUAUGUUAAUGCAGUAUUUUUCACUAUGAUUUACUUAGAAAAUUAUUCCUAUCACCAAUUAUUCUACAAUACUUUUAGCCGUCAUAGAGUAAAUUUUAUUUUAGAAUAAAUUACAAAACAGUAAACUAACACUUCAAGAAGCCUUGUCAUUAUGGAACAGCAAAGCUCAAAUAAUAGUGAUGAUAAUGAUGGGGAGUUAACAACAAAUCAGAUAAAACUUAAGGCUCAAGAAAUUGCUAAGCGCAUGGAAAAAUAUCAUGGUAGAUAUACAUCUUCUAGUCGGUGUAAUACACCUUUGCCCAUCACAUCAGCAGAAAGUAUAGAGUCUAUACAGAGUAAUAGUGUUAUUUCUGAUACAAGUGACAAAAUUUUGUUAUUCCGACAAGUUUUAGAAAAUGACAGAAAGUUAGUUGAGAAUAGUAAAAUAGAUGAGCAAAAAUAUAAUGAUGACGAUCAAGCGAAUGAUGAAAAUGUAUUGGAUGUGCAACAACGUGAAAAAGAGAAACCUAAUGCAACAUAUUAUGAAGAUAUUAUAUCAGCACAAUAUCAGGAAAGAAAUAUACAAUCUUUAAAAAGUCAAAUUGUUGAAUUGAAUGAAAAACUUGAAAAUUAUCGUAACAAUAUUACUGAAAAAGAUAUGUUAUUGCAAUUAAAAAUUAAUAAAAUUGAGGCAUUAAACAAAAGUAUAGCACAAAACAAAAAAUUACAUUUAGAAAUAGUGGAAGAGUUAAAAAAAAGAAAUAUUGAAAACAUCAAUGAAGAACGUUUAAGAUGUACUCAAGAGAUUAAUCAUAUUGCAGAAGAAGCAGAAGAAUUAAAAAAUAAUUUAGAGGAUGUUCACCGACUCUGUGAUAAAUUAAAAAAAAAAAAUAUUAAAUUUGAUAAAGAAAAUACUGAACUAAGAAAAAAUGAAAUAAGUCUAAAAUCAGAAAUCGAAAAAUUAAGUAUAAGCUAUGAGAAUGAAAAAAAGUUGAUGCUAAAACACAAUCAAGAAACUUCAAAACAUCUUAUAGGCGAUAUGGAAAAAGAAUUGCUAAGCUUACAACAAGAAAAUGAUUUAUUAUCGAGCCAUGUAGCUUUGUUGGAGAGUAAACCAGUGCAUCAUCAAGAAAAUGAUAAUUUAUUAAUGGAAAUUGACAAAAAAGAAUCCGAGAUUCAACGUUUAAAUCUUGAAAAUGAAGAAUUAAAUAAACAACUCCAAAAUCAAAUAACGGAAGCUCAGCAGACAGAAAGUCGUUGGAUUCAAUUGAAAGAUGCAUACCUUAAUGAUAAAGAACGUAUGACACUCUUGGAAAAGGUAAUUGAUGAAUUAAAAAUGAAUAACAAUGAGUUAAAUGAUGCUAAUGUUAAAUUAACUGGACAAAUUGAAAAAUCUAUGGAAAAUAUAAAAUUAUUAAAAGCUGAUAACGACACACACCAAGAACGCAUAUCUGAUCUAAUGGCAGUUAUAGAAAACAUGCGUGAAACAUUUGAAAAAGCAAUGAAGGAAGCUUCAAAUGAAUAUGAACAAAAUAAAAAGAAUUUUAUUCGACAACAUGAAGAUGAUCAAGUUUUAAUUACAACCUGUAACAAUAAACUUAAAGAUAGUAUAACGUCAAUAAAUGAAUUAACUAAUCAAUUAAAUAUUGUUUUAAAAGACAAUAACUCAUUUAAAUGCGAACGUUUAGAGUUAAAUGAUUGUCUUAGCAAAAAAGAUACAGAAAUAUUUAAAUUGAAUAAUACUAUUACAGAAUUUCAUACAUUGUCUACGCAAUUAACUAAUGAGUUAGAACUUGUUAAAAACGAGAAUAAUAUGCUUUUAAAUAAAUUAAAUGGAACUAAUAUUGCAAUGGAAGAUAAUAAAUUAUUAUCAGAUCGAUACCAAAAACAAAAACAACUACUGAAAGUAAAAAUCAAAGCUUUAAAAGAAUCUGAAAGCAAUUGUUCAAUUUUACAGCAGCAAGUUGCAUCUUUAAAUAAAGAAAUACAUGUUUUGAAUCAGAGAUUGGCAUAUCUUAUUCAAAGUAAUAAACAAAUAAGUACUGUUGUACGAAACUGUGAUGAAGAACUUCAAAAUUGUUACGAAUUAUUAAAUAAAAUUGUAAUUAAAUCAAAUUUACAAAAUCAAAACAUACAUAUAUUUCGUUGUGUUUUGAUGGGUCUGGCAUCAUUAUUUUCUUUUGAAAAUGUUGGUGUUGAGGUCGAUAUUGAUGUGAUUGAAAUGGUCGAUUCAAUUAGUAACAAUACCAUUCUAGAUAAUGAACUGCAAAUUUGUCUUAAAAAAAUGGUCUUUGGUUCUAUUCAUAUUUUAGAAUACAUUAUAAAUUUAAAUGAUUCUCAAAAACAUUCUAAUGCACAAUUAAUUGACCACACUGAAGUUGAAAAACGUGUAUCUGAAGCUGUAGAAAAGGUUAAAUUAUCAACACAAAAUGAAUAUCACAAACAAAAUAAUGAACUACUCAAAUUAAUAGAAAACUUACAAAAUGAUAAUUAUACACUAAAAUUAAAUAUGUCUUCUUGUACUUUAGAAAAUAAAGAAGUAUUAACAGACUUAAAUGGUCCUGCAUUAAACAAUUUACUGUCUUUAGAAAAUGUAGAUAUAAAAUGUAUUAAGAAUGAAAACGUUACGUUAAAACAAUUUUUAAAAAAUAUCCAAAAAGAUUUGGGUUUGGUUAUUAAUGAUGAUAAAGAUGAUGGAGAGUUACUAAAUUCAUUAAGUACACUUGAGUUCUACAUAAAUGAAAUAAAAAACGAAAAUAAACUUUUAAACAAUCAGAUUAGUGAACAUCAGAGAUUAAUUUCAUUGAAAACUGUGGAACAACCUAUUGAACUGGAAACUGAUAAAUAUUCAAAUUUAAACUCACAAAAUGAAUUUAUUCAAACUAUAGAAAACCUUGAAGAAAACAAUGAAGGUAAGAAAAUAGUAUCUGAGGAUGUAUGUUUGAAGAAAUUACAAAAUUCAGAAGUAAUGGCUUCUACAGAAAAUGGCGAUUCAAAGAUUUUAUUGGUACGUUACAAAAAUUUAAAAUCUCGAUUCAAAGAAUGCCGAGCUAAAACAAUUGACUUAGAAAAAAAAAUUGUUAACUUAACAAAUGAUUUGGAAUCUGCAAAUUCUAAGUAUAAACAAUUAAAUGAUCAAUAUUCCAAUGAAAAUGAAACUCAUGAAGCAGAUAUAAUCCAAUGUCAGUCAGAAAUUGAAAAUCUCAUGGGUGAAAAACUUGAAGCUUAUCGUCAAUUGACUGCACUUAAGGAAAAACAUGAAAUAUUGCAAAAUGAUUAUGAUCAGCUUAAAAGUAAUUUAGAUGACCAGAAUUCAUUGAAUGAUAAAGAUUCAAAUUCUAUUCACAUAAAUGAACAAAAUACAGUUCUAAAAGGAAAAUUGAAAGAAACUCAACGUUUAAUUGAUUCAGCUUAUUCAAGAGUUUUAUGCGAAUGGCCAGCAAUUGAAAAUGAUAGUGACUGGGUAGUUGUUCAAUCCAAAAAAUUAGAUAAAAUAGUUGAUGCUAAAUGUUGUGAUAGUUUGUAUGGUUCUAAUUUAGAAGAAUCUGAAGUUAAACGAUUACAAACUUAUGUUCAAACUAUUCAUGAAUUAGUUACUUCUAUUUUAACUAAUAUAUGCAAUAUUGAAGUUUCAUCAAGUAAUGUACUAAUUGAUUUAAUGUCAGACUUAAAAUCUUGCACGGAAACAUUAUUAGAAUUCAUAUCUGUUAAAAAUAAUAAAUCUACCAAUGAACUCCAUAAAAAAUUAACUCAAGAUAGUGUUGUUAAAGACAGCAAUAUUCUCAUCCCUGAGGAAUCAUCAAUAAAUAAAUCUUUAAGUUCUAGUGAAGAAGCAACACAAUCUUCCUUAUUAACAAAUGGAGAAAAUGAACAGCUACAGCGGUCCAUUGCUGAGCGUGAUCGAUUAAUAGAAUUUCUUUCUGUUAAAAUAUCAAAAUUGGAUAAUUUAAAUCGAAAUGUUGAUGAUAUAAGAUUAGUUCAAGACAAACUGGACAGAGCAUUAACAGCCGUGCAUGAGAGAGAUGUUAGAUGUGAUGAAUUAACUCUAGAAUUGACCCGGUUAUUAGAAGAACGUGAUAUGCUGCAAUUGAAAUUAUCAAAUUCUAUCAGACAAAUUCAAUUCUUAUCUGACAAUAAAUCUCAAUUGGGUACAUCAAAUGUAUUAGAUGAAAAAUUUGAUUUAAAAACCAUGGAUGACAAACUAGAAGAAUUGCACAGUUUAGAGUAUAGAAAAGAUGCUGAAUUGUUUACUGAUCAAGAACAGAGACAUAAGUCACAAAUGCAACUCCAUCAAAAUCGUCAAGAUAAUUCUACAACUUCCGGAGCAAAUUCACUUAAAACUACAGAAGAAGCAAAUACUCCACUGUCCUGGUUUAAAGAUAUACUAUGGUAAAGGUAUUUAACUUGUUAACUUUAACCUCUUAUCUUAAUAUAUUUUGUAAUAAUUAAGAUUAACUAGAUAUUGUUAUUUUGUUUUUAAUUGCAAAUAAAUAUUAGUUAUUCUUAUUCUAAAAUUAAAUA